AUGCGCGGCAGCGGCACCCGGCAAGAUGGAGGAGGAGUGAGUGCGAGCGAGAUGGUGGGGCCAUAUCCGCCGCCAUCCGCGGGGAGUGUGUGGCCAAAGCGGCGGAUUCCGCUGGUUCCAGAGAACUUGCUGAAGAAGAGGAAGGCCUACCAGGCCAUCAAGGCCACCCAGGCCAAGCAGGCGCUCCUCAACAAGCGGAAGCUCCAGAGAGGGAAACAAAUCCAGUUCAAACGACUUGAGGCUUUUGUACGAGAUUCAUGGCGCAAGCACCGAGAUGUCACCCGGCUGAGGCGCAUGGAACAGAGACCUGGGCAGGCAGUUCUACCUCAGGAGCACAAACUAGCUUUUGCUGUACGGAUUGCAGACAUUAAGGGAGUGAGUAGGAGGGUCAGAAGAGUGAUUGACCUGCUGCGGCUGAAGAAAAAUUACACUGGAAUAUUUGUUAAACUGACUCCUUUAUCGCUGAAGAUGCUGCAGGUUGUGGAACCUUAUAUUGCAUGGGGACAUCCUAACCUGAAAUCUGUACGAGAGCUCAUCCUGAAACGAGGCCAAACCAAGAUCAAGAGAAAGAGGAUACCUCUGACAGACAAUAAGCUGAUAGAGGAACAUUUAGGGGGCUGUGGUAUUAUUUGCCUGGAAGAUCUUAUUCAUGAAAUCUAUUCGGCUGGGAAGAGCUUCAAGAGAGUCACGAACUUUCUGUGCCCAUUCCAUCUGUCGGUGGCUCGCCACGCUUCACGUAACAAAGUGGGUUUCCUCAAGGAGAUGGGCAAGCCUGGCUUCAGAGGUGAAGCCAUCAACCAGAUCAUCCGGCAGCUGAACUAGUCAGGGUCUUUGUGAAAACUUCAGGAUUUGCAGCCUGUGCCUUUUCACAUGUGUUUUCUGUGGAUGUAAUUGCUAUGCAAGGAUAUACUAGAUCUUGAUUGUUGGUGCCUCUAUGAAAGAAGUUAAAAAUACAGGGAUGAUGAUGGCGAUGGACUUGGAGCUGGUCCUUCUUAAAGUAUUUGGUAGAAGAAAGAACUUGAACUUCCAGGAGCAACAAUGCAACUUCUGCAUCUCUGAAAAACAAGAGUUUUAAUUUUUUUUUCUUUUACACUCGUUACUGCUGGCUCUCUGGCAGUCACCUCCUCAUCUUGGAUGUGGUGUAAAGCAGCAGUGGUCAGUUCCUGAUUUAAAUUUUGGUUUCAGUUGACUCACACUUGCUACUUUCAUCCAGUCCUGCUGUGGAGUGAUUGACCACCUUGAAGCACACCUCCAUCUAGGUGUAAAGGGUUAGUGCAGUCACCUGUUCAAGACCAGUGUUGAGAGUUAGAAGACACUAGGCAUUCCUCUCCUUACUGCAGUGCAAGCCCAAGUAGUGAAAAUUGUAAUUUUAUGUAAUUAUUUUUUUAAGUAUCAAGGUGGUAUUUAUUUUAAAAAGGCAGACUUUUCACAUCCACUAGUCUGGGAGUGAGGAAGAAAAAUAAUUCCUGGUAGGAAAGCCCAGAAAACUCUGUAAUAGAGUGGUGGAAUCCAUG